AAAUCCGGAAUGAUUUAUUCGCAUGCAGAAACGCAGUUUACGUCCAACUCUUCAUCAACACAAAAGCGUAAAAGCUGUUAUAUUUCAAAAGUAAAAUAUCUAAAAGCAGACGGGAAAGCUCUAAUUUAUUGUACAGUGUUUACGAUUGUUACGUUACGGUCAGUUUAACAACGUUCAAUUGUAAAGGAAUCUCGUGUCCAUUAAGUAAAAAACACAAAUCGAGCACGAGACAAGAUAACGAAACACAAACACAGGUGUUUAUUCUGUACGCUUCGAAAAGCGUGAGAAGUGUUAAAACGCUCGCCUUCAGAACCUAUUGUUUGACUCUUAGCACCUGACAAUUAGUGGCUCGUGACUGCCGCAUUUCUAUAAUUCCCCGAUUGUUUUAAAACCAGAUUGCAAGAGUAAAUACUGAAAUAUUAACGUAUGCAAAUAAAUGUCUGACUGAUGAUGAGUGCCUCUGACCGAAUGGUUGCAGCGGCUGCGAAUCGUGUCCCGAGGCUAAUUCGACGUCUUCCACUGCGCUCGCAUGAGUGCGCCCACUUUGAACUGUGAGAAUGUGCCGAGAUUUUUUUAGAGGAGGGCGAUGUCGAUAGUGUAUCAGUACGCUGCCAGUGUUGGGCGCGAAGCCGCGGACGGAGGGCGGCGCGCGCAGCGGGAUUUAUGCGGAGCGCGAGCGCGCGAGACUCGCACGGGAGCCGCCGGGUAGUCCGGGAGCGCAACCCCCGGGACCGCAUUGUGUAGCGCACUCGCCCACUUGCAUUGUUAUGACUGGGACUUGAUUAUUUAUGCCCAAUAAUCCGCUCAGCUGACUAUGAAAUCACGUUUAAAGAAUUACCGCCGCCGUAUAGUGAACGAGUGAACGAUUUUGAUGGUAAUGAGAAUCAAGGAUUGAACAAUACGUGACUUAUAAAUUCCAGAGUAACGCACCUCCAGCAUGCGAAGUCUUAGACUUGCUCGCGAACUGCAAAAUAUCAUAUCCAUUAGAUGACAAUCCUGAUACCAGUGUUGAGUACGCUGAAAUUCAAGACAUGGGUCUUUGGCACUCAACGCCUUUGGCCCAUCGACAUAAAUCUAAGAUAUCGCUCACGUGGGUGCUAAAAGAAAAUUUGGAAAAUGCGAAGCUGACGAGUGAUAAGUUUCAACCUGAAGAUAGAAUAAAGAAUACAUUAAUAAAGCCAGAGGUGGACAAAAAUUACAAUCAAAAGUCUAAUGAAAUAGAACGCUACAGAAAGUGCAAGCCCAGAGAUGUGAAAGAUAGGGUCGUGGGCCGUAAUGAGUAUUACCAUAAUCUUAGGUUUAGGCAUGCGUGUGAAGAGUUUGCAAACGUGCAUGACACCUAUUCGGACACUAGUGCUGGCACGGAAGAGUACGUGAGGAAGAAACACAGGCAUCGACAUGGAAGAAAAAAGAGAAACCAAAGCCGAAAAUUUGGAUAUGACAUCCGAGAUUUGGACAGCUUCCUUACCGAGGCUUCAAUAGACCGUCCAGGCAACAUCCCCGUCGUAAUAGCCUACCCAAGUACUCUGUACCAAACACAGAAGGAUGUCCAACAAGAGCUGCCCUUACCACUGGGUACAGUCGUCAACGCAGUGUUUAAGAAUGAACAGUGGCUGUAUGCGCAGACGCCGCACGGAGACGAAGGCUAUGUGCUGUAUAGCGCCUGCUUGCCGUUAGGAAUAUUGCCUAAUAGAACAUCACCACAAAAGAAGACGCCGUGUUGGGAAAGCAGUACGGACAUCUACCCGCGCCCCUGCGGUAACCUCACUGACAACGAGAAGGAACAACUGCGCGGCCGAACGCGCUCCGAGUGCCGCUACCCUUCCCGAACAACACGGCGCAAGCCCAAGAACUCGUGCGCAGAAAAGGACUUUGACACCCUAUACUUAAAGACCAAAUCCGUUUGCUCGAACAUCGAUAAGUUACACGAAAAAGAGAAUAGGGAUUACAAACAAGUGAAGAGACAGACUUUGUUGGUUGUGAACAGUGAUUACACGGGCAGUGUGUUGAAUAAAACCUUGACAGUGCAGAAGGGAGAUGUGGUAGUAUUAGUGCAAGGUGGAGGAGUAGAAACUGACGUAGAUGCAGAGUGGUUCUACGUAAAAAAGAAAGAUGGAAGCCAGGGAUUCAUUCCCGCUGUUGUCGCAGGACAUGGCUAUAUUUAGAGGUUCUAUACAAUAAUAGAAACCUCCUUGUUCCUAUGUUCAACUUUAAAAAGUUGAAGGAAAUAAAACUCAAACUCUUUAUAAUAGAGUUCAAAUUAGGUUUAAUGCAUUUGUAGUUGUAUAGUGUAGCAAUACUGAUGGUAUUGCCAUGUUGAACUGAAUUGCAUUGAAACUCAUGUUUUUCUACGCUUAAUAGUUUGCUAGCAAUAAAAUUGUAAAUAAUAAAGUUUUGUUAUGUCA